GGUCGGACGGCUGAAGAAGUCGGUUGGCGUCCAGUUUCACGGACGAUGGCGUUGAGGGGGUGUGUUGGGAUCUGAGAUGAUGGUCUUGUGAAUUCGUCUCUGGGAAGAGGCGCUCGUCCCGUGAGGCCAUGGCGGCUGCUGGACUCAAGGCUGCGAGCAGCGGCAUGUGGAAGAGCGGCGGCGGCGCCGGCAUCCUUCAACUGAUGGUCCCUGUUUCCAGCCGCAGCAGCUGCUGCUAUUACGCAGGCCGCGACGCUGGAGCGGGUCUUGUGGGAUGCAGGCAGCAGUGGACCCAUCAGCCGCAGUGUGCGGGGCAUUGUCUCCCGCCGCCGGCCUCCCCUUCGAUCGGCGGCAAAGUAAAGAGAACCGCCGAUGCCGGUCCUGCCGUGGCAGCGAUAAUGGCAGCUGCUUCCUUAGGCAGCCACCAAUCCAGCUCCAUCGAAAGGAUCGAUACGAAGUCCUAUCUCUGGGCCAGAUACCACGAGAUGAAGAAGCUGGUUUAUGAUCUCCUUCCACCAGGAGUUUGCAGUCUUCUUAACCCAGCAGCUAUCUAUGCAAAUAAUGAGAUCAGCUUGGGAGAUGUUGAGAUCUAUGGCUUUGAUUAUGAUUACACGUUAGCACAGUAUUCAAACUUACUACAUUCGAUGAUAUUCAACACUGCCAGAGAUAUCCUAAUUGAACAGUAUAAGUACCCAGAGGGACUCAGGAAAUAUGAAUACAUUCCUGGUUUUGCCAUAAGGGGACUUCACUAUGAUGUGCACAAGAGCCUUCUAAUGAAGAUUGAUGCUUUCCACUAUGUUCAGUUGGGUACUGCCUAUCAGGGGCUAAAUCCGGUGCCUGAUGAAGAGGUUAUUGAAAUGUAUGGUGGAACUCAACAUAUCCCAUUAUAUCAGAUGAGUGAUUUUUAUGGCAAGGGUCCAUCAAUUAAACAAUUUAUGGACAUCUUCUCUCUUCCUGAAAUGACCCUACUUUCAUCAGUGACUGACUAUUUCAUGACUCAUAAUAUUGAGUAUGACCAGGUUCAUCUUUUCAAGGACAUAAGCGAUGCCAUUAAAGAUGUCCAUGUGAAAGGAAUGAUGUACAAAUGGAUUGAAAAGGACAUGGAAAAAUAUAUUCUUCAUGGAGAUGAAACGUAUGCUGUCUUAAACAGAUUGGUUAACAACAAUAAAAAACUCUUUCUCAUCACAAACAGUCCUUUCAGUUUUGUUGAUAAAGGGAUGAAAUACAUGGUUGGCAAAAACUGGCAGGACCUUUUUGACAUGGUCAUUGUGCAAGCAGAUAAGCCCAGUUUCUUUACUGAUAAACGAAAACCUUUCAGAAAAAUGGAUGAGGAAGGUUCUCUUCACUGGGACAAAAUAAACAAACUGGAAAAGGGGAAAAUCUAUAAACAGGGCAAUCUGUUUGAUUUUCUGCGGCUAACAGGCUGGCGUGGGUCCAAGGUCCUUUAUUUUGGUGACCAUUUGUACAGUGACCUUGCAGACCUCAUGCUGCGUCAUGGUUGGAGGACAGGUGCCAUUGUUCCAGAGUUAGAAACAGAAAUACGAAUCAUUAAUACAGAACAGUACAUGCACUCUUUGACCUGGCAGCAAGCUCUUACAGGACUUCUGGAGAGAAUGCAGAUGUAUCAAGAUGCAGAAUCUAAGCAAGUGCUUCUGGAGUGGAUGAAAGAGCGACAGGAAAUUAGGUCACUUACAAAGAACCUGUUUAACCCCCAGUUUGGUAGCAUCUUUCGAACCUUCCACAAUCCAACCUACUUUUCUCGAAGACUGAUUCGUUUUUCUGAUAUUUACAUGGCGUCCAUCAGUUGCCUACUGAAUUAUGAUGUGAAUUUUACCUUUUAUCCUCGCCGAACGCCUCUUCAGCACGAAGCUCCCCUCUGGAUGGAUCAGCUCUGCACAGGUUGCAUGAAGACUCCAUUCUUAGAAGAAAUGGUGCAUAUUCGAUAAAAGGGAUCACGAUAUGCAUAGUAAAAUCACAGCUUUGUUUUUGAAGGGGCCUGCUGCUACCAUGUGACUAUUGCUGUACUUCUCUUCUCAGAACUUCCUAAUAGAAAGGUACCUCAGAUAAAUGAAUGGAAAGGUGGCACAAAUUUUAUAUCUGAAAUCCUGAUGGUAAAAUAUGCGAACCAUACUUGAUCAUUCUCUAAGAAUAAGUUUUAAAUUUUGUGUCUGUAAGUUCCUCCUGUGUACAGAUUCUGCCUUUAAACUCUAGUCUGCAGCUCCUAGGAAACAUGAGGAGCAGCAACUAAUAUUUUAAGAAUUUGGAUGUGCUACACUGCUGUCUUUAUCUGUUCAGAAGGGUUUUACAUUUAGAUGAACUUUAGUUGAGCUAUAGUAAUACUGGCAGAGAGGUUAUAAAUAUAUAUAUAAAUAUAUCCUCUUUAGAACAGCACACACUCAAAAUUCAGCUUCCUUGCUACAUCAGCUGUACAGUACAGGAGAUGGAAAUUUAAAUAGUUCCUAUUCAUUUCACCAAUCAGUUCACAUUCAAUUACAAAUUUCAAGAUACUAACUGAUGUAUUUCUGAAGAACUGCAUGAUACAGUACUAUAUAAAAUGGAUAUGCCAUUAAACCACACUCAUUCAUAUGUGAAGUGACCUCACUUGGAUUUACUAUAUGGUAAUAACAGCAGUUGAUAUGACAUUAAGUAUGUAAUGGCUCAUUUACAAAUUCAAGCCAUCAUUUGAUGCUGAAUUUAUCAGACAAUGUAUAUGUUAAAUCGGCCCUACUUAAUAUACAAAAAAGCAGUUUUUCAUGUAUAUGAAUAAGUUAUCUUUAGUUAAAUAACCAAUUUCUUAAGAUGCUAAUUUACCAACUGCAUUUAUAUUAAGAAUUUUUAGACAUCUAAGCACAAAUAGUUGUUACAGAUUAACCUACAUAUGAAUUGUCCUCUAAAUACUGUAUGCAUGACUAGGAUAAUAAAAGAUUAAAAUAGUGAUUGCUAGAGCCAUUACCCAACCUUCUUGUAAUGGAAAGGAUUUUUCUCCUAUCACAUGCAGCCUGCAUAUCUAAGUAAGAGGUAAAACUGCCAUUAGAAGACAAGUCAGAGGCUUUAGCUAGUACAAAAUUAGCAGUCUCUUAGGAAUGGUAAAUCAUCAAAACUACAUUAUUCUGUGCACCAGAAUUUGCAUGGACUUACUCUGACCUUCUGAACUUAGUUCAGCAAUGCUCUUUUUUUAACCCAUAAAUGGCUUACAUCUUAGAUCUCAGUGUCGUGGGCUAUUCUAUUUUUUCUGCAUUUGAUCGUGAACUAUUGCCAAUCAGGACCAUCACUGAAUCACAGUCAGACAUCAGUACAUAUUAAGUAUGGAAUGUCCUUCUGUUGGAGACUCUCAUUUAAAGCUGGCUUUAUGAACUUUUGUUUUGGGUUGGUUUUUGUUUGUUAGGUUCUAUAAUGCUGCUGAAAUGCAGGUUAUACCUAUAAAUAAUGAACACUGACUGAAGCUACUCAGAUUGUUGUUAGAACUAUUUAGAUUCCCACUAAAGACAGCUUUCAAGGAAUUGAAGAAAGCUUGAAUGUUCUAACAAGAUACCAAAGAAGUCUUUCUGAGUAGUUACUAUGUUUGUAGUUUGUGAUUUCAUGCUAGGGUCACAUUGUGUGGUCUCCUGGAUGCUAGAUGAUUACAAACAGGAAACCAGAUUUUGUGUACUGUACUCUUUCACAGUAUUUUUUUUCAAGUUCUGCCUAUUUGUCAAAGUUCUGAAGCAUUAUCUAAUAAAUGAGCUCAUACCCAAUUGAAAAAACACUGUAUUUUAGGAGUAAUAACAUUUAUGUUAGGGCUGUGCAGUACUUCAGGUUCAAUUUGGAAGAGGUGCUUCAGCACAUGUGGGAACACCAAUGCAAUUCCUGUGCACAACUUAUUAAAGCAGCCACGCCUGUUUCCAGGACUGCCAUGUCAUUAUCACCAUUAGAUUGAGGAAGUUUAGAUGAAACAAACAAAAAUCUUUGUCAUUCCUGUCCUGGUGAAUACAUACCUCUGAAAAGUUUAACUUUUAUUGUUUAAUGAUGACUAAGACUGCAUUACCUUGUAGCACGUGGAUCAUGUUAAGACUGACAGAUUAUUCAUCUAAGAAUGCUAAUGGUUAUUUGUGUUGGAGCUACUCAUCCCUUUUCUCUUCAACUUUCCUCUUCUACCCACCCCUCAAACCAACUUGGAGAUCUCUGUGGGGAAAACUGACCCCUGGGGUUUAUUUUUACAAACCUUUGGAAUCUCUCACUGACCAUUAUUGCUAAAAAUUGAAGUCAUCGUUUCCUGUUGUUUUGAUUUAGGAAUCAGAUUAAAAUUGCAAGGAAGCAGUUU